CGCGGCGACUGCGAGGCCGAGAGAAGAAACUGUGACACAGACUCAUUUUACAGACCGAAAAAAAGAAAAGUCGGAAGGAAAAAAGAAGAAGGAAUCUGUGGGAAUUUUAAUUUUAAUUUAUUUUUGUUGAAGAUCUGAAUUCUCAAAUUUGGGUCAAAACCCAAAGUUACAAUUCCGAUUCCAUUAUCGGUUUCGUCGAUUCCGGGAUCUUUGGAAUAAGGAAAAACUUUAAGGACCCUUGAGAGAGAAAUGUUCCGAUUCGAGCAGGAGAAGAUCCGUAAACGACUUUGAAAUUCUUGGAUUUCUUGGGGGAGGGGGGCAUAGUUCUAUCGGACGGGUUUGCUAUGGCCGACGUGUUCUCUGUGAUUCCCGCCUCCGUGCUUCGAAAUCUCUCCGACAAGCUCUACGAGAAGCGCAAGAAUGCCGCUCUUGAGGUUGAAGGAAUUGUGAAGCAGCUCGCGGCGGCUGGGGAUCACGACAAGAUUUCGGCGGUGAUCCAUUUGUUGGCCACCGAAUUUACAUAUUCGCCACAGGCGAAUCACCGGAAGCAGGGAGGAUUGAUAGGAUUAGCUGCUGCGACAGUUGGGUUGACUAGUGAAGCAGCUCAACAUCUCGAGCAAAUUGUGCCACCUGUGCUUAAGUCUUUUUCUGACCAAGAUAGCAGAGUUCGCUAUUAUGCUUGUGAAGCUCUAUAUAAUAUCGCAAAGGUUGUAAGAGGGGAUUUCAUCAUAUUCUUUAAUCAGAUUUUUGAUGCAUUGUGUAAGCUCUCGGCAGACUCAGAUGCCAAUGUACAAAGUGCUGCUCAUCUUUUGGAUCGGCUUGUGAAGGACAUUGUUACUGAAAGUGAUCAAUUCAGCAUUGAAGAAUUUAUACCCCUGCUAAGGGAACGAAUGAAUGUUCUAAAUCCUUAUGUCCGGCAGUUUUUAGUAGGAUGGAUCACGGUAUUGGACAGUGUUCCAGAUAUUGACAUGCUGGGUUUCCUUCCUGAUUUUCUUGAUGGUUUGUUUAAUAUGUUAAGUGAUUCUAGCCAUGAAAUACGGCAACAAGCUGAUUCGGCUCUUUCAGAGUUUCUUCAAGAGAUCAAGAACUCUCCAUCUGUAGAUUAUGGCCGCAUGGCAGAAAUACUGGUACAGAGAGCAGCUUCUCAGGAUGAAUUUACUCGGUUAACAGCUAUCACAUGGAUAAAUGAGUUUGUAAAACUUGGCGGGGACCAGCUUGUUCCUUAUUAUGCUGAUAUUCUUGGAGCCAUUUUGCCCUGCAUAUCUGAUAAAGAAGAGAAAAUUAGAGUGGUUGCUCGUGAAACCAAUGAAGAGCUUCGUUCAAUGGCUGAUCCAGCUGAAAGAUUCGAUGUAGGAGCAAUCCUCACUAUUGCAAGGAGGCAAUUAUCUGGUGAAUGGGAGGCUACUCGAAUCGAAGCACUGCACUGGAUUUCAACCCUCCUAAAGAGACAUCGCACGGAGGUCUUGAGUUCCCUUGAUGACAUAUUUGACACCCUUCUGAAAGCGCUUUCAGAUCCUUCUGAUGAGGUUGUGCUCCUUGUUCUUGAGGUUCAUGCAUGCAUAGCAGAAGAUCCUCCACACUUCCGCCAACUUGUUAUUUUCCUCGUACAUAAUUUCCGAGUGGACAAUUCUCUUCUGGAGAAGCGUGGUGCUCUAAUAAUCCGUCGGCUUUGUGUACUUUUAGAUGCUGAAAGGGUCUACCGUGAACUCUCAACCAUACUCGAAGUUGAAUCUGACCUAGAUUUUGCAUCUAUUAUGGUUCAGGCUUUGAAUUUAAUUUUACUCACAUCCUCCGAAUUGUCUGAGCUCCGGAAUCUUUUAAAAGACUCGCUGGUAAAUCCUGCUGGGAAAAACUUAUUUGUUUCUCUAUAUGCUUCAUGGUGUCAUUCUCCCAUGGCAAUUAUAAGUCUUUGCUUAUUAGCACAGACAUACCAGCAUGCAAGUGCUGUGAUUCAUUCUCUGGUGGAGGAAGAUAUCAAUGUCAAAUUUUUGGUCCAGUUGGACAAGCUGAUUCGCUUGCUGGAAACUCCAAUCUUUGCUUACCUUAGAUUACAGCUUCUUGAACCUGGAAGAUAUAUAUGGUUGUUAAAGGCCUUGUAUGGCCUUCUGAUGUUGCUUCCCCAGCAAAGUGCCGCUUUUAAGAUACUGCGAACCCGUUUAAAAGCUGUACCUUCAUAUUCCUUCAACGGUGAGCAACUAAGGCGAACAUCAUCAGGGAACCCCAAUCAAGUUCUACAUCACAUGCCAAGUGGAUCACAAAUCACUGAGGAUGGAGAUGGGAUCCAGGAUGGUGCAAGUUCGCAUAAUGGAAUUAACUUCGCUGCAAGGCUACAACAAUUUGAGCAAAUGCAGCACCAGCAUCGUGUGCACACAAAAGUGCAGGCACAAUCACGCAACAGUUCUAGUUCAUCAUCAAAGGAGGUGCAAAGACCCGAGGAACCUCAGCAUCCUCCUGCAUUGGACAUGACUGGGCCUCCUUCAAGAUCAAGGAGAAACCCAGGGCAGUGACGACCAGGAUUUGCUGCUUCCUGCCCCUGGUCAAGGCUAAUUGUACACUCAGUCUCAGCAUGUGUGGCCGUUGCUGAGAUGUGAUCUGGUAUAAUUUGUAAAAUUGUAUAUCGUUGUAGUUUGUUCCUUUUAUGGAAGUUGGGACGAUGAAAAGGGUUUCGAAGUAAGAGAAGCUAGGGUUUUCCUGAGCUAUUCAUGUUACUUUGUAAGCAAAAUAUAACCCAUGUGGUUCUGUUGUUUUUUUUUAAUUGAAAACCACGUGGGCUAGAGGGAGAUAUUUGUUUUAGAAGAUGCAGCUUGUUUCUUGACGUUCAUAUCUGACCGUUACAGCAAUCUUAUAAAAAUAAGAAAUCAUCUCAUUCAUGUAUACAAAUUCUAAGA